AUUGAUCGCACUCAUUUCACACUCUAAAUCAAUUUGUGAGACAACCACGAACAAUGAAUACUUCAUGCGUAGUUUUGGUCAUUUUGGGUGGCGUUGUGGGUUUGGCACUGGCCCAACUUUGCGUAAAUCCAACCGCCUGCGACUCAAAUUUUUCAUCCUGUACGAUCGGUGCUGGCUGCUUGGGAUCUCCAAUCACUAUGUGUGCCAUUGGACUUGGCGGAAAUGGUACGAGCGACUCGGCCUGCCCAGCAUUCACUGACGGAACGCAUUACUGCUCUUGUAAAAAUUGCGUUGGUCUCAUCAAUUCGCUCGACCAUACAUGCGCUUGCUCAAAUGAUUAUGAGUGUCCAACCGGCCAAAGGCUGGUCAAAUGCACCAACCUUUCGCAACAGUUCCUUAACUCGGUAGCAUACUCGUGCUGCAGCAACGUCAUCAAUUUUGUUACUGGAUGUUGAAUUCAUUGUCAUAAUGCUGAGAUCAGUAAAAUUACGAAUUACUGAAUAAAUUAUUCCAAAGCAAGUUAA